UUACAUUUCACAUUUAAUUUGCUUGAUUACUUUGUUUAUCGGCAAAUUCUGUUUCCAGGUGAUCGGUAAAAUGAGGGUGAACCCAACAUUUCCUCAGAAAGACGUUAACAGUAACACAGGCAGCAGAAGCUCCAGUGUAACAGCUUCAACUACUGAUGCAAAUACACCAGUGAACAUACAAAAACAUGAUGCUAAGAAGUUAAUUCAAAAUCCUAACCACCAAAAUACACCCACAUGUUCUCAUCAUGAUGCUCAUGGAAUUUCACAUGCAGCAUCCACCCCACGAUUUACACUCAUCAAGAGAAGAUGGAGCUGUCCAGAAAUCCUCCUCUGCAAGACAGUAGAAUCAGACUGGCAGUACAAACAAAGCCAAAGUCUGCAGUAUCACAACAGUGCCAGGCGGGUAUUGGCACGAAAGGUGCGCUCUUGGAUACUGCACACCUCCAGCUCUGAUUCAACUCCUUCCCCACCUCGCCGCAGAGUGCACUCCUACUAUACACGCCGCUACAGGAAGCGCUUAUACCUAUACCGGGCACUGGCAGUACAGAGGAGACAAGUGCGGCUUAUCCGGGAGGCAGAAAAAAAUAUUGCAAAGGCUGGUGAAUCAUCUCCAGAUUUCCCUGCAGUUAAAGGAACCACUGAAAAUCUAGAAACUCUUGGUUUACUCUAUCAGAAAGAGAAAAGAAAGAGAAGCUCAUCGUCAGGCCCGAGUCCUCCAGAAAGGAAAACGUUAUCACGGAAAAUAAAACACAAGUCGUGGCAUCGCCAGCUGGACUGCAGCAGCACAGACUCCCCUGUUUCAGAGCGAAGCACCAAUGCCAGUUCAGUCAGUGCCUGCUCUUUUUGUAGUUCUGGCAGUCAAAGUGGUGCAGUCUCAGACAUCCAUACCCCCUCCCAGACUGGUCCAUUAAAUAGAUCUUCUGUAGCUGCAGAUCCAUGUACGAAUAAGAACAGAGGAUUUACUUCUGAUCAAACUGUCCUCAAACAGUGCAGUAAAAUCGGAGGCUUGAAACAACCCAAAAGCAAAACAUGGACUGAGAUCAAUUUUCUCGAAAUUAGCAGCAAUAUACCAGAGGCUGCAGCAAAUUCUCCUUCAGGAAUUCUAAAAAUGGUCAAAUUUGAAGGUGCACCCAGCUCUGGUGGUUCCUCUUAUGUAGCAAAAAUGCAGGUCGCUAAGAUAGGCAGCAAGUCAGAGCCUUCAGUACAGAGAAUCCCAAACACCCUGCAUGUGACUAAACCCAACAAGAAGGUGGCAGGAUGUCCCAAAGGCUCUGCAGCAACCAAAGUAAUGGUGCAACCUAAAACCUACAAUGAGACGACUCAGAAAAGUCAAAUUAAUAAGAUCAGUUUGACCCCUAAAGUGUUGUCAGUAUCUAAGAAUGUUCCUUUGCCAAAGCUUGCUUUAAGAUGCUCUAAUGACCCUCAAACAAAAAAUGUCAGCAAGACAUCUUCACACAAAGCUUCACCAGCAAUUCGAUCCAAGGAUGCCCAAGCCCUGAAGAUACAAUCAACCAGAUUCAGACCAGAGAAUCCUCCAUCUUUCAAAAUAUCUCAAACUCCUCUCAAAUGCCUAGCAAGUUCUGCAAGUCUGAACAACCCGAAGACAAUUACUCCAACACCAGUGCCUUUCAGAAAACCAGACACACCAAGACCGAAAACCUGCCCUGAAUCUUUGAAAUGGAAGAAAACUCUUGAGCUAAGAACCAAGACCAUGGGACUUGCAUCUGCAGACAUGUCUAGAUUCAAAGGACAGUGUUCACGAAAAUGUUCUUAUGAACCAUCACCCCUCAGUGUUCAUGAAGAAUCUCCAGGGUCUGGAAACCUACGUGAGCCUUUUAAUGAGCAGAACUUGAACUCAACACCUAUCAUCAAAUCAGUACUAAAGCCCUUUCAUGAAAACAAGCCUGAUGACAAAGGUGGUAUUAUGAAGGGGCAAGAUCCAGCUCGAGGAUUAGUGGCACCAUGCAUGGCAAGUCCAAGUGCCAUUCAAGCUACUGUGCAAAAUAAUAUGGUGGAACAACAGAAAUUCAGCAAACCACAUCCUUCCUCUAACACCCAGUUCACCACAGAAAUGCCUUUCAGCACCUCCAGCCAAAUGAUCGGACAGGCCAUAAUCAGUGCCAUCACUUUUAUCAUGAAAAUACAGCCAGGAUCUGAGUCCAUUACUAUAACCUGCAGCCCAUGUCCUAGCAGUGAAUCUUCACCCUUUAAAAUCAAUGACAGAGAGCAGACAGGCAGCAAAGGGGCAAGUGUUUCUAGAUGUCAAUUCUAUUCUGUCAAGAUCGAGCCACUGGAACCUGAUGAGACAUCCCAAGGGCAGGAUACUUCUCAGCUCAUUCGAGGAAGAUUCUGUGGACCGAUGCAGGGUGAAGGAGAUAAUGGCACUAAUCUUUUAAGUGGAGAACAGUUUAUUCCAGCAAUGAUGGUCGAUUAGGACAAUUAACAAGCUGCACGGUCACAAGCAGAAGGCAGAGGAAUGUAAACCUGUGCUAGUAAAACAUACACAUUCACAACAUGAAUAACCACUUUAUACUUUCAGCACACAGUUUUUACACAUUAAUAGUAAAUGUAAUUGAAAUAGAUUUAAUGUAAAUGCUAUGAAAGAUCAAACAAUAGCAUGUGAUGUACAAAGAUGGAAGAAUAAUAAAUAUAAUAAUAAAAUAAA